AUGUCGACUCAAGCAGUCAGCGACGACGGCGGAAAUGCGCACGGUCAGUUUUUGCCGGAAAAAACAUUCGAACAUAAAUAUUUUUUAGAACAAAGCUGCGUGCAUUACUUCGCGAACAUCGAUAACGCGGAGAACGCGCAGCUGCAGGGGAUUCUCGAAGAGCGAAUUCAUUAUUUCCGAUCGAUUCUGGAGACGAAUCCGGUCGAAAGUGUCGACGUGUACGAACAGUGCAUUCUCGAGUGCAUUCGUUAGUUUUAAGAUGAAAUAAAACAUUGUUUUACUAAGUUUUUGAGAUUUUCAGGACUCGGCCGAGAUAAGGAUGCUUACGAAUGUGCGGAGACUCUCGCCGAUUACAUAAAACAGUCCAGUCGGUACAAAAAAUUGGCCAUCGCCUGGAGGGUCAGCAUUUUCAUCAAACUUUUUUUCAGCGUUUUUUGUUGACUCAUCACAAAUCAUGCUCCCAUACUGAAACUUGAUCUAAACCCCUUCAAAAUAAAAAAUAAAUAAACGUUGCAGUUGGGGUGCCGCGCGGACAUGUGCACCGUCCUGCUCACCCGCCACCUCGACGAUUUCUUCUGCGAUUUUCCCAUUUCGCACACUCUUUUCGACCUGAAUCGCCAAAUUCGCUUCCGGUACACGAUGUGUGAGUGCCCGGAAUUCAGACAAUUUGCGAACGAAUGAGUUUCAGGGGAUCAAGGACAAGUGUUCGUGUUCGGCGACAACAAAAACCGACUUUUGGGCGUGAAGGACAAGUUUAUUCCGUCCGAUAAACCCGUCGAAUUGAAGCUGCCGACCACGGUAAAAAAUUAAAAUUAUCAUCAACGUCAUUGCAAUUUCAAAAAUUUUUCAGUUGGCGGCAAUGGGAUCCAGCCAGUUCCACACCGUGUUUCAAGGCAUAAACGGAGAGUUUUUCGGUUGCGGAGCCGCCCGAAACUUUAGCGUUCAGCCGAAAAGCGAAACGGAAAUAAUUGAGGAGCCGACGAAGAUUAUGAUCAAAUUCGAGCCGACCGAUGUAAAAAAACAAAGAGAAUAACCAAAUUACCACCUUUUUUUCUCUCAGCCCGUCAAAAACUUUUAUGUUUCGGACCACGGAACCCUUAUUUGGACGGACAAGUACAUUUAUUUGAUCGGAAAGUGCGUGGAUCCGAAGCAGAAAAACCGAAAAUGGACGUCGGCGUUCCCGGAAAAAUGGUUCGCCAAAGUGGGAAAACCGAAUCAGCAGGCGAAGAAUUUGUGGCGAUUCACGAUCGAAGUGGUCGGUUUUAAUUUCCGAAUAGUGCAAAAACUGCAAAACGUCGAGAUUUUUAGUGAUUUUUCUAGUGUUAGAUAUCGAUAAACGGAUCGUUUGCAGAUAGAACCGACCCGGAUGGUUUUCACGGAUAGAUGGGCAUUUUGAGCGUUUCAAUAGUAAAUUGCGCAAGAAGUGACUAAAAUUCUUGAAAGUUGAAUCGAUUUUCGAGCUUUGUGUUGAAAAUGCUCGAAUUUCAGUCAUUUUUGAUGUUUGAACGCUUUCCGACACUGCUUUUGUCUGAAAACGUUUCCAUUCAGCUUCGUUUUCCAAAUUUGGUCCGUUUCCAGGACAAGGCGUACCUGGAGAAGCACCACCAUCCGCCGCCGCCGAUCUCGUACAAGUCGAUGCCGUUCAACGGCUCCUACCUGACCAAGGACAACUAUGCGUGGGUCGAUUUCAAGGGAAAGCCCAUAAAAGUGCUGCUGAACGAGAAAAACGCCUACUACAUGUUCGAGGGCGAGGAGAAACACAAGCGCAUCGUCAAUUUUGUGACCGCCGGAUUGGAGACCAAAAUGGGUGUGGGCCCCGACGCCGUCUAUCCGAACGGUCCGAAUAUUGUUGACUUUUAGUGCAUCUUUUGAAAGUUUCAGGCAAGAUUUUCACCCUUGAACCCGGUCAUUCACUGUAUUCGGGACAAUUGUGCUGGGCGAAAAAGGCGAAUUGUACGGAUGAGAAUGACGUCACGCAGUACACUCUUUUGGCCUAUAUGGAUGUAAGCGACCACUUUUCAAAAAGGCUUUUGGCUCGGAAAAGUGGGAAGAUAUGAUUUUUUCAGUCAGAGGUUUUUGUCGAUGUUGUAUUUGUAACGUCUUCUACCGCGUUGGUAGAGAAGAGUCGGCUCAGACAAGAGUGCUUCCGCAAGAGGUUUAUUCCGAGCAGAGAAACCUAAGCGGGGCUGGCAGAUAUAUAAUGAAUUGAGGGUUCGUCCUCAGAAGGAGGGCGACCCGAAUGAUGACAAUUAAAAUAUAAAACAACGCGGGGGGAGAUCACGAAGGUAGAUCACAAUAGUCGAGAUUUGCAGGAAUGCCACGGGAAGUUCUUCAUGGAGCGCUUCGUGGCGACUCCGGACGGUCGCGGCUAUCUGUACCAGGUGGGACGCGCCGAGAACCGCCCGUUCUACACGCUGAAACCGACGGUGCGCGAGGCGAAUCGCUAUAAAAUGUACAAUUCGUACUGGGACUACACACCGCAUAUUCUCGUGAAGACGCCCGACAACAUCGAGUGGGACGACUUCACGACGAUCAUCGAAAAGAUCGAAUCGAAGGUCGACUCGCACUGGUUCGACGAGAGCGUCCAGCAGAUUACGCACGACUACAGACACCUCCACAUGAUCGGAUUCAUCGCAUUCGCACUCACGCCCAGGUAUAUAAUUACACGAAAUUGGUGAAUAAAUUUCAAUUUUCUUGCACUUCCUUUCUUCCGAGCAUCCUCCACAACCUCUGUAUUUCAGAACCCGUCUGAUCCGGUGCCACGCCCGCUGCUCCUCGCCCUGCUCUCUCCAUUCUCUGCCCUCGGACCGCUCCGUCUCGCACCUCGAACCGUUCGCCGACCGUCUUUCGGUGCCCCGUCUCUUCGACCGCGACUCGGAUCUUUUCACCGCCGACGGGACCGAGUACAUGUCGGAGAGACUUCGCUCGCUCAUGAACGCCUACGACGACAACGUGCACCGAUUCGAGCCGCUGUAUCAUUCGCGCGAGACGCGGACCAUCAUGGAGUCGGCGCGCAUCUUCAACGAAUGCGAACUGAAUUAUAUUCGGGAGCAUCCGGAGAAGGGGCUGAGGACGACCGAACUCACGCCGCUCGUCAUCGCGAAGACCAUCCGAUCGCACUUUUACUACAUUCGCAGGUAGGCUCACAGGGGUCGGUUGUUUCACAACUCGGCUCGAUAAGUCCGUAAGACCAAAAAAAGUGUCUAGGUCGAAAGUUCAAGCCAUCGUAAACAAAAUCCGUUUGCCCUGAAAUGCCUACAUUUUCAGACAAGUGAAAUGGCUGUCAAACAACGAGAAAUACUUCCAACAUUUGGAGCUGUACGCCGUCAAACGGACCCUUUACCUGCUGCUGUGCGUGUGCGCCAAAUGGUGCAUCGAAUACUCGGUGCGCGGAACCGUCGGAUGGUGGUUGCCGCGCACUCAGAACUGUGUCUCCACGCAGUUCAUGACACGGAACCCGCAACCGUUGGUGCUGCGGAAGAUACAGGAGGGACUGCUGAUCGUGGGCGACGUGCCGAUGGACCUGAAUGUAGAGUGCUCGGGGCGUUUUUUCACCUUUUUUCGCUCUUGGAACGUUUUACGGACAUUGGACACGGGGCUUUUCCUAUCAGAUUUUCCGAUUUCCGUAAAGUUUUCUGAGCACUUCUUUUUGAGCUUUGAGGGAAUGAGAACACUUGCACAACUUACAGAAAUUGUCCAAAACUUCAGCUUUGCUCUUGUUCAUACUAGUUACAAAAAUUAGAGAGAACUUCUUCCAAUCAUUGCCCAUCAAAGCCAAACGCUUCAAUUAACAGAUCAAAAAUCCUGAACAAAAGAGCCAGAUUUUAGGUGCGUUUCCAAUACCGCAUUAAAAAGGACGAGAACGGGCAGACGGAGGACAACCACGCGAUGCUGAACAUCCACACAAACUCGGUGUUCCUCUCGAUGCUCAACCCGACGCUCCUGCAAUUCGUGCAGCACAACGUGCUCAGUCUCAACUCGAUGCUCGACGGCUUCGACAGUCUGUGGGCGGUCACUUUGGAGUACCCUCUCUGCGUCUUCUUCUUCCUCCAGCACUACCGUCAAUCGCCCGUCACAGUCAACGAGUCGACGAUACCCAGCAACGGAUUGGCCAAGUACGGGUUCCGACUCGAAUUGGAGAAACACGCUGCGUAGAGCCAUUCCUUUCUUUUGCUGUGGGGGUAAAUUCUCUUUUCAGUGAUUGUCCCGAUCGAAUGUUCGGUGUGACAUGGCAUUACGCCACGUUGAAGAUCAACAAUCCGCGAAAGGAUACGGAUGUGAUCGCGCCGAUCGAUUUGUUUGGAGAGGACGACAUUUGGGUGAUCGAGUGUCGCGGGGGCAAGAAUCUGAAGGUGCACAGGUGAGAAACACUAUUUUUCAAGGGAAAGUGAAAUUAUUUCAAAAGUAUGCACGUUUUCACAUUGGUCGACACAGAAUUUCACAGGGAAGACAAACAUAAAAUUCAAAUAUUGUUCCUAAGGCCAGUAGAGCCGUUUGAAUGGUUUCCCAUCUGUUUUGAGUAAAAAGCAUUGCUGUUACAUCCAAACAACAAACUGUAGCAAUGUUCCCUUUCAGAUACCUUCCGAUGGUCUACUCGAGGGCUCCAAUGUUCUCGUUUUGCCCGAACAUUGACAAGAAAUCGUUCAAAAUGGACGAGGAGUACGAUCUGGUGCUCAGUGCGUUCCGAAUGAUUCCCGACAUCAAUUUGAUUGAAAAGCACAGCUGGGAAAAGGUAUUUUAAGCGUUUUCCAGUCAAAUAUAACCGUCUCUAUUACAGCGUCUCGACAUUUGUCGUUUCUACAACAAGUACAAGUUUCCCGAGGCACUUUUCGACGCACUCGCCGCCAUUACACUCAUUAGUACGGUUUUUGAGCGAAUAGACCCAAAGUUAGUGUAUUUUUACAGUGACGGAAGCCGAUUCUCACCACAUUCGCUCACUGAUCACCGAUUAUCCGAUUAUUAUGGAACGGCACAUCGGAGUGCUCCGGCCGACGAUUGUGCUCAAUUGGAAAGACGACUUCCUCCCGGAGCCCAAAAUUAUUCACAUGGCCAGGUAACUCACCGGAAAAUCCCGCCGAUUUUCACAUUUUCCCCAUCAGAAUCACCGAGUACUGGCCGGAGAAGCAGGUGAUCGAGGACCGCAUCACAAAGUCCCAGUUCGAUCCGUCGUUCUGCCGCCUUUUGCGCACUGACGAACAGUGGAAACGGCAGUUUUUCAUGGAUCCGGAGAAGGACAACGAGGAGAUGAUGCAGUCGAUGUACAACGUGAGUUCAUGAGGAGAAGAAUCUGUGGAAAGUCGAAGAUUUGUGAAAAGCGACAAUUUUGAAAGUGCGACGUUCUUUCAGGAGGACAUGUUCACGAAAACGACGUACGACAGCAAGGACAAGCCGUUGUUCAAUGAGACCUACUGA